GUUAUCGAAACACUUCCUGCAACGCUUCUUGACAGAGAAGGAGAUCAUGAAGUGACAGCUACGUUAAAUGUCCAUAAAGUCUUCUGUUUCGGGUUGCAGAUGUGGAGCAGAAUACUGAGUCCUCGACUGAUUUGUAGAACAGGUUUCUAUCGGAGGAGUCUCUUCACAAUGAAGCUGAAGACCAGUGAGUUCCAGGCUCUGUUCAAUGACGGACUUACUGGACUAGCAGAGGUGUUUCAGAAGCACCGGUAUGAGCUGAGGAUAGCUGGAGGUGCAGUACGAGACCUGCUGUCUGGGAAGCAGCCUGAAGAUGUGGACUUUGCCACCACAGCCACUCCAGAGGAGAUGAAGCACAUGUUCCAAAGUGCUGGGAUCAGGAUGAUCAACAAUAAAGGAGAGAAGCAUGGGACUAUUACAGCAAGACUACACAAUGAGAACUUUGAGGUGACCACGUUGCGAGUGGAUGUCCAGACAGAUGGACGUCAUGCGGAGGUGGAAUUCACCACUGACUGGCAGAAAGACGCUGAGCGGAGAGACCUCACCAUCAAUUCCAUGUUUUUAGGACUUGAUGGCACGUUAUAUGAUUAUUUCAAAGGAUACGAAGACCUGCAGAACCGUAAAGUUAGGUUUGUAGGCAGUGCUGAACAAAGAAUCCAAGAGGACUACCUGAGGAUAUUGCGCUAUUUCAGGUUCUACGGCAGGGUGGCACUGGAGCCUGAUGACCACGAGCCUGAGACGCUGGCUGCGAUUAGGGAAAACGGUCGUGGACUUGGAGCUAUAUCAGGAGAACGGAUCUGGGUGGAAUUAAAGAAGCUUGUUGUUGGUGACCACGCUGCUCAUCUACUGGAGCUGAUGUACAGUCUGGAACUGGCCCAGUACAUGGGUUUACCUCCAGAUGGCAAUGUUGAGGAGAUGAAGCGAGUGUGGCAAAACGCCAAAGACCACUCUCCCAAACCCAUGACCAUCCUGGCUGCUCUCUUCCACUGCCCGGAGGAGGUGGAAAAGAUGGAUAUCCGACUGAAGGUGUCCAGGGAGGAGAAGAAUCUGGCCCUGUUCCUGGUCAAACACAGAAGGGAGCUCCGUAAGAGCGAAGACGAGCCGGACAGCCUGAAACCCUUCACUGACUUUAUCAUUGACAGUCGGGAGCUGGAUUCUCAAAGUAAAGUGUGUGAGCUUCUGAAGUAUCAAGGUGAGAAGAAGCUGCUGACAGAGCUCUGCAGAUGGUCCGUCCCACGCUUCCCCGUCAGCGGUCACGAUCUGAGGCGGGUGGGCGUCACGUCAGGCAAGGAGAUAGGUGCCGCCUUACAGAAGCUCCGUGACAUCUGGAAGAAAAGUCGUUAUCAGAUGGACAAAGAUGAACUCCUCAGUUACAUAAAGCCUUGAAAGAAUAGAAAAGCAGAGGUGUUUUUGUGUGUCAGACAAUCACACAUUACACUGUAAUUGUGCUGACAGGUAUUAAUUGAGCAGACGGAUGCAUGUUUGAUAAAGGACACUACAAGAAUUUAGACAUGCAUGAAUGCAAUUUCAUUAUAAAUUACCCCAGAGCCGGAAAUUUGACAAGAUCACAAACAAUAUGCUCUCAGCAUCAGAGCUGCCACCAUGUGAAAACAUGUGCACUGGACAAUGGCAGCUGAUUUCAUCACAGGUGUUAUUACAGAACUGCUGUUAAUGAAAAUUCCUCAUUUAAAUCUUCCUUGGAUGUCACUAGUUCAACUGGUGUGAUGAAGGCAGAUGAAACAUGUAGGCAGGGAUCUGUGAUGAAAAAUGAAAUAAAGUGUUGGUCAUUAACUAUAGAAAAUAGUUAUUUUCAUUGUUAAAACUAUAUUGGAAAGCAGAAGCUUAGUUUAGUUUUUUAUUUUUCUUCAGUUUAACUGCAGUUUUGUAUUUCUUUGCAAGGUUUUAGUAAAGAAAAUGUUUGUUUGUGUACAUUUUAUUAAAAAGACAUGGUGAUUCU